AAACAUCAAAAAAAAUUUAAAAAAAUUAUUUUAAAGAAUUGCAGUCGUUGUAUUUAACAGUUGAGGGCUUUCAGCGUUAUUAAAGGAUCAUGAAUUGGAAAACGCAGUUAACGGGGAUUUGUCACACACUGUUUCUAAAUUCCUUCUUGAGUUUCAACACUGGCACCUUUUCCGAAUUAGGCCCUGGUAGAGUGGUUGUUUAAUUCGAGUUUUAAUUUAAUUUAAUAUAACUAAAUCUAAUUUUCUUUUAUUUAUUUUUUAUUUUAGGGAGAGAGUGAGCACACUCAGGGCGGAGGGAGGAAGGGACCGAGAGAGAGAGAGAGACAGAGAGACAGAGAGACAGAGAGAGGCAGAGAGAGAGAGAGACCGAGAGAAGGAGAAUGAGAAUGAAUGACUCUCAGGCAGGUUCCAUGCUCAGUGCAGAGCCUGAUGUGGGGGCUCAGUCCCGCAACCCUGGGAUCGUGACCCAAGCUGAAAUCAAGAGUCGGAUGCUUAACCGACUGAGCCACCCAGGCGUCCCCUCAAAUUUUUGUUUUAAACUUUUGAAUAGGUAUUCAAGGGUUCAGAAUUCAAAAGGUACAAAAAGUCAUCCAGAGAAAACUUCCCCUCCAACCCUGUCCCCAGCCACUCAGUUUGUCUCUCCAGGGGCCGCCCUGGCUAUCCUUCCACAGAUACUUGACCCAUGGCCAGGAAAUGUCCCUCUACCACACAAGCGGCAGCAUACUCUAUACUCUGCAUCGUGCCUUGCUUUCCCCACCUAACACUACCCUUGAAGAUCAGUCCAUAUCCACACUACACAAAGAGCUUUCUCCUCUUUUUUUAAAAAGUUUUUUUAAUGUUUAUUUAUUUUUGAGAGACAGAGCGCGAGCAGGGGAGGGGCAGAGAGAGAGGGAGACGCAGAAUCCGAAGCGGGCUCCAGGCUCCGAGCUGUCAGCACAGAACCUGACGUGGGGCUCGAUCGAACUCAGGGACCGUGAGAUCACGACCUGAGCCGACGUUGGACACUUGACCGCCUGAGCCACCCAGGCGCCCCAAGAGCUGCCUCUUCUUAACAGACGCCUCGUAUCCCAAUGAUUGGCUGUAUCAUACUUUAUUUUAUGAAUCCCCUAUUAAUGGACAGUUGGGCUGUUUCCAGUCUUUUACUAUUGACGACAGCUAGCCCUUACUGAGUGUUGGGCUUUGUUCUGUGUGCUUCACAUAAAUUAUUUAAUCCUCAGUACUGAGGAUUAAAAAACCUCCACAUGCAUAAUUUCACACAAGAGGAAUAUUUAUGGUGGAUAAAUUCCUAGAAGCAGAGUCUCUAGCACCAAGGACAUGUGCGUUCAUUUUUUACCAGCUAUAGUCAGUGAGCCAGUUUAUAGCCCUGUCAGCAAUGUUAAGAGCGUGCCUGGUUGCUUCCACCAUGUGCUAUCAAACUUUUUAAAAAAUAUUUUUUAAAUGUUUAUUUAUUUAUUUUGAAAGAAAGAGCGAGAGAGCAUGUACGCACGAGCAGGGGAGGGGCAGAGAGAGGGAGAGAGGAUCCCAAGCAGGCUCUGUGCUGCCAGCAGCGUGGGAUCGAGCCCCGCAUUGGGGAUCGUGAGAUCGUGACCUGAGCCGAAAUUAAGAGUCAGAUGCUUAACUGACUGAGCUACCCAGGCACCCCUCAAACUUUUUGAUUUUUGCCAAUCUGACAAGUAAUAACAUGUGUUUCAGUAUAGCUUUAGUUUGUAUUUCUCUUGUGAGUGAAGUUACAUGGCCUUUGGUAAGUUUAAAAACAAUUUGUGUCUUUCUUUCUUUCUUUCUUUCUUUCUUUCUUUCUUUCUUUCUUUCUUUCGAGAGGGCUCAAGUAAGUGAGGGGCAGAGAGAGAAAAGAGAGAGACACAGAAGCAGGGCUCACCCAAAGUGGGGCUUGUGUUCACCUGAUGUGGGACUCGAACUCCUGAAUUAUGAGAUCAUGACCUGAGCUGAAAUCAGAUGUUUAACAGACUGAGCCACCCAGCACCCAGUAUGUCAGUUUCUAUAAAAUGUUGUAGCAUUUGCUCAUUUUUAUAGAGUGCUUUUUCAUAGUGAUUUAUAUUUCCUCUACAUACAGUAGGGGAGUUAGACAUGGCCUGUGAUUGAAAAUGUUCUUUUGGCUUUGCUUAAAAGUUUUCUUGUCUUGCAGUGUUUUAAGAGUUUUUAUACAGUUGAAUUUAUCAAUAUAUUUUGGUUUCUGGUUGUUAGAAAGCCUCAGAUUAUAUAAAAAAAAUGACCCAUGGUUUCUGGUGUUUUAUGGUUUUAUUUUUCUACAUUUAAAACUUGGAUCCAUUUGGAGUUUACCCUAAUAAAAUUUUAGAAUUUUACAAGGUGUUAGGAAUAAAUUCAACUAUUUUCCUCCCCCUAGUUGGAUUCCUGGUUUUACCAACAUUUAUCGACUAACCUAUUUUCCAUAAAUCAGAGGCCAUCCCACCUUUUACCAUAAGCGAAAUUGUCAUCUUAACAUAGUUUCAGAAUGAGAUGUUGAAUAUUAUUUAGCGAGGGCAAACUUGUUUGUUCUGUUUCUAAUAGCCAAGCUUACUAAGCAAGUGAUAGAGCUAAUUAUUUUCUGUCAAAAACAAUAUGCCAGACUUCUGAGAGCACAUUAUCCAAAUAGAAACGUGUAUGGCUCUUAGCAGACAGAAAAGUCGUGAAAGAAAAGACAGAAAGUCGUGGCAAGUAAAAACUCAAAAUUAGAAUGAUUUCGCCAGAUGUUCUUCAGAAUGAUCUUACUUUUAUUGUAUUACAACGGACAGUUUGGUAGAGUGGAGACGCCGGACUGAGGGCAGGAAGCCUGCUGACUUUAUUGUCUCUGUCUAGUCUCUUCCUCAUUUAAUAACCCCAGCAAACACUUAGAACAUUGCCUGGCCUACAGUAAGUGCUAAAAGCAUUGCAUGUAUUAAUUAAUUCAGUAUGUGUAACUAAUAAAAAGUUUGUAAUCUGUUAUGAAUUAUACACAUAUUAAAUGUUAUUACUAAUAGAAAUGUCAAUAGGCCCUUUCAGCUUGGUCAAAAAAACCCCAAACCCAAAACCACCCCACAGCUGUCAUGAGCUACAUGUGUGCCACAAAGUAUAAGGAUAAGUCAAAUGAUGAUCCGGGAAAGCUUGGAGAUUAUGACCUUCCCAAUGUUGUCCCUCACCUCCGCAUUUCUGUGACUUGGCAUAGGCCGUUCCCUAGGUCAGAGAGCCUUUCCUACCUGUGGCCCCCACCCUCCCCCCAGACACAGAAGUAUAUAUCUUUUUUUUCUUUAGGAACUACCUCAAAUGUCGUCCCUUGGCCCCUCUUCCAGGAAGACUAACUCAGGUAGUCUUGUAAAUGCCUAGCACUUUUAUAUAGAGUGGUAUGCCUCAUGACAGGGGUAGAUUAAAUAUUGUUCCAUCAGUUAGACUCGAGUCUUUUGAGGUCAGGGCGCUCUGUGUAUCUCUGCACAGCCCCUGACAUAGUUGCUGGCUUAUAACAGGUGUUCAACUGAAAGGAAAGAAUAAAAACGUGUAUCCAUGAUUACACAGUAUCUUCCUUGAUGAAAGUUAGAAAGGCCUCAGGCAGAAUCAGCACACAGGCCCCUGAUAGCUGGUAAAACCAAACAGCUUAAUCUUCUGUUCUAUUUCUCUUUGACUGUGUGGGAACCUGAACGCAAAGUAGUAAGUGGUGUAUGGCCUAUUUUAAAGGUAUGCUCUACCGAGUGAAAAAUCAGACAUUUCCUGUGAUCGCGUCGUUCCAGCUUCUGCAUUUUCAAAAGCCACAUUCUUAGGAUGGUAGCUAACUCGGAACGUUGUUGAUUAAAAUUAGCCCGAGAAACAAACACAGAAACAUCACACACACCAGACCGUCAGACUUCUGCCAGCCACAACUAUUCAGAACAUACUCGAGAACCCCAGAAGGAAUCCAAAAGGUCUCUAAGUUGGAAGCAAAUAGUUCUCACGAAGCCUGUGUACUUGACGUAGGAGGGGAGGCACAGUGCCACUUGCAUGCCACAGCCUAUUUACUGACUUUGAAUUUUCACAGAAGACUCCCAAGGACUCCUUAACAAGUCUGGAUAUUCAGCUUCCUUUCAAGACAUUUUUGCUUGUCUUGGGUUUUCGGUAGAAAAAAGAUGAAAAGAACUCUUCCACCCAUGCGGCCAGAAAGCACUAACUAAAGCAUGGUCGAAAUGAGUGUGAAAAUUGCCAAAAUGCUUUGGAGUUUUUAACUAACUGACUUAAGAAAAGUCCAAAAUAGAUUUGAGACUGUAAAAACAGAAGCUGCAGCAAGGGGGAUUCAGUGCCAAUGCAUCAACAAAAAAGACAGCCAGAGUUAGUGGAAGGAAAUCUUCCUGUUUUUGUGUUUCCCACGGAGCUAAUAUUUUAUGCAGAUGACCAGUCAACACAUAAGCAAGUGUUGACUCUGUAUAAUCCCUAUGAGUUUGCCUUAAAGUUCAAAGUUUUGUGUACUACUCCAAAUAAGUAUGUUGUCGUCGAUGCUGCAGGUGCAGUAAAGCCUCAGUGUUGUGUGGAUAUUGUGAUUCGUCAUAGAGACGUUCGAUCCUGUCACUAUGGUGUAACGGACAAAUUCCGUCUCCAAGUUUCCGAGCAAAGCCAGAGGAAGGCUUUAGGAAGGAAAGAGGUUGUGGCUACUCUUCUCCCGUCUGCAAAAGAACAACAAAAGGAAGAAGAGGAAAAAAGGAUAAAGGAACAUUUAACUGAAAGUUUAUUUUUUGAGCAGUCCUUUCAACCAGAAAACAGAACUGUCUCUUCAGGACCUAGUUUACUAACUGUCUUCCUGGGAGUGGUGUGCAUUGCGGCUUUGAUGCUUCCUACGCUGGGGGAUGUGGAAUCGCUGGUGCCUCUCUACCUCCACUUAAGUGUGAAUCAAAAAUUAGUGGCUGCUUAUAUCUUAGGUCUUAUCACAAUGGCCAUACUUAGAACAUGAGCAAGGAAUUCAGUUGACUUCUGAAGUAAAUUUAUCUUGCAAAUAUGAAUGUGGACUGCCUUUUAUCUCUUUCACUCCAUUACCAUGCUACAAACUAUUGAGUGAUUUACAAUAAUUGCAAAUGUAUAAUUGCAAACGUAUAAUAUAUAUUUUAAAUUACUCUAUAAUUUUAUUUGAAGGACUCUAGCACAUUAUGAUACAGACAGCAAGGAUGCCUCUGAAUUACGCCUAGGAAAUUAUUUGAAAAAAUUCUUUUUAUAUCUAAACCGAUUAUGCAAAAGACUUUAACCAUCUGUUAUUUUUCUCAUCUUUUUUUCUCAUUUACUUUGAUUAAGGUCGUAUGUCCUUCACAGUUAAAGGCCUGAAAGAGCAAACUGACCAGCUUAAAUGUAAAAUGACAUUUCCUAACUACAAACAUCAAUGUUCCUAUGUAAAUUAUACCUUGUCCUCUCAUUAUAAACAGUUGCCAUGGUGUUUCUAAAAUAAGUUUCACGGUUAAUGUGUGGAGGGCACCAAGAGAAAAAGCAUAAAGUGCUGAGGGAUCAUGCUUAUCCUAUCCUAGGAUCUCACAGGAGACCAGACAUAUUUCAUUCAUCUGGUGAACUACAGCACAGGUUGUGGUCCAGACACAAAGCAUGUGGGGGUUUUUGCAACCCUCAGAAUUAGGGUGACUUCUCUAUUUGGCCUAAGAAUUCUAAAGGAAGGUAGGCAUUUGUUUAGUUAAUUGGUUCACCCUGGCUUUACCUCUGGAUAAUGCUUUCUGUUAACAGGAGGAAAAAAUCACUUUAUCAUUUCUUCCUAGCCCUGUGCCUGACUGUAAGCAACUAGCCCAGUCUGGGGUUACCAGAUGCCGGGUGGUUUAUAUGGAGAUGUUUUUCACCUUUAAACUCCAAGCCAAGUAUACAAAAUCCUUGAUACGUGUCUAUUUUAUAACAGUCACGGAGAUAUUUUUUAAGUUUGUAUUUAUUAAAACAACUUUACCAAAAAAAAAAAAGCCCCUAAAGCACAACUAUUUACAUUUCUUUGUAGCGUCUCUGAUCUUUAACCAUAUAUAUGCAGUUUGAACUGUUCUUAUCAUAAUAACUGAUCUUUUGACUUAGGGUUUGUUUUUUUUUAAGUUUAUUUAUUUAUUGCGAGAGAGAGUGUGCACGUGAGCAGGGGAGGGGCAGAGAGGGAGAAAGAGAAUCCGGAGCAGGCUCCGUGCUGUCAGCGCAGAGCCCAACGCGGGGCUCGAACCCACGAACUGUGAGAUCAUGACCUGAGCCGAAAUCAAGAGUCGGACACUUAACCAGCUGAGCCACCCAGGCGCCCCUUGACUUAGGAUUUUUAUCUGAGAGCACAAUGCCUUGAGUCUCUUGAAAAUCAUCUUUCAGAUCUUUUUACAGAACAAACUUCUGCACCUGCUACUGUAGUAUUCUCAAGGAAUGUACAUAAACACAAAAUGUAUGCCUGAGGUUGGUUUUUGCAGGAAAUAGUACUUUGCUUCUAAAGUAAAAGCUACGUAUACUCUUUCAGAGAAAAUCUUCACUGUUUAACCAUUUGGGGAAGAUAAAUCAUUAAAUGGAUCAUGUCUGGACAUUGUGUAAUGACUGAAAAGCACAUAAAUGUAAUCUAUUUUGAACUUUGUAAAAAAAUUAUGUUUGGAGGCUAUCCUUGUUUCUCUGUCCCUUUCAAGUCCUCUGUGUGUAUGUGUGUGUGUGCACGUGUGUGCAUCCGCGCAUGCGUGCGUCUGUGUGCAAGCGCACACGUGUGUGUGAGAUAACCCGUUGUAAAGGACAAAAAUUACUUUUAAAAAAUAAAAGAAAAUGGAGACCUCCUGAGUUUCACAUUGACUUCCACAUUU